GGCUAAAGGGGAGACACUACCACAAGACAGGCAGAGAGGAGGCGCCGGGCGGUGGGCACAAAAUCGCUGUCGGGGUAUAAUAACGUGCCAGUUGAUGGAGAACGAGGCGAGAAGGGAGAACGGCCCUCGCUGCUAGGACAAAAGAAAGCUGCGGCCGGGAUAUUUUUAGCAGAGAGGUGUUGAGACUGACGUUUGGCCGUCCUCCGUCCGAUUUCCUACUCCAGCCAUGCCCAACAUCCAGAACGACAUCAAACUGGACUUCAAGGACGUCCUGCUGCGUCCGAAGAGGAGCACUAUCAACAGCAGAGCGGAUGUGAACCUGCAGCGAGAGAUAACGUUUAGGAACUCGAAACGCAGCUACAAAGGUAUUCCUAUUAUCGCCUCCAACAUGGACACAGUCGGCACAUUUGAGAUGGCCAUUGCGCUAACCAAGCAUGGAGUUUUUACGACAAUUCACAAAUAUUACUCGCCUGAAGAGUGGAAACAGUUCUCUGUUGAUCACCCGGAGUGCCUUGGUUUUGUGGCCGCCAGUUCUGGAACUGGUCAAGCCGACUUUGAGAGACUGCAACAAAUUUUGAAGGAUGUUCCUGAUGUGGCCUACAUUUGUCUUGACGUGGCCAAUGGGUACUCACAGCACUUUGUCGAGUACUUGAGAAAAGUCAGAGCAGCAUAUCCAACCCACACCAUAAUUGCUGGCAAUGUCGUUACUGGAGAAAUGGUUGAGGAGCUAAUUCUCUCUGGAGCAGACAUCAUUAAGGUUGGCAUCGGCCCGGGAUCAGUUUGCACGACCAGGCGCAAAACUGGCGUAGGCUACCCUCAGUUGAGUGCAGUGCUUGAGUGUGCAGAUGCGGCGCAUGGCCUGGGAGGGCACAUUAUUUCUGAUGGAGGGUGCACUUGCCCAGGAGACGUUGCCAAAGCAUUUGCAGCAGGUGCAGAUUUUGUUAUGGUCGGAGGGAUGUUGGCGGGCCAUGAUGAAAGUGGGGGCGAAAUUAUAGAGAAGAAUGGCAAGAAAUACAAGCUAUUCUAUGGCAUGUCCUCGAGCACCGCAAUGCAGAAGCAUGUUGGAGGCGUUGCAGAAUACAGGGCUUCAGAGGGGAAAACGGUCGAAGUGCCAUACAGGGGGCCCAUUGACGUUACGAUACUUGAUAUUUUGGGAGGCCUGAGAUCUGCCUGCACCUACAUGGGUGCUGCGAAACUGAAAGAGUUGCCUAGAAGAGCCACUUUCAUCAGAGUCUCACAGCAGAUCAACACUAUUUUUGGUGUCAGUGACUAGUCACUAUUUAUUUUGCGGGCACCCUCUUGUUAUCGCAAGUAGUCUAGUCAAUUUUGCACAUUGUCAAGUUUUUUGCUUGUUUUUUCUGGCAGAGUUUAAUUUCUGCUGUUGUUAACUUUUUGCUUGCAAACGCAAAUACCUCAAUUUUUGCUUAGAACCCCGAAACGUUGUGUAAGGAGGAUGCAUUUUAAAAUAUUCUGCCAUAAGGUAUCAGCACAAAUUUCAAUGUGAAUAACCACCAAUGUUGCACAAAUUUGUGCCAAUUGUAGUAUUUAAAGUUCAAGUUGGCAUAGGCGUUUUAGUGUCUUGGUGUGAUUUAUUUCAAAGCAAUAUAAAGUAUAGGUAGUAUUUACAUAAUUAUUAUCUAGCCCCAAAUAUAUUGGUUCCAGUUGUUUGGUCAUUUGAAAAGAUGUUAAAUAAAAUUACGCAGAAAAUUAGCCUUUUUUUGUUGUAAUAGAUUUAGCUUUAGCCAAAGAAUAAUGGAUUUUUUGUUUUUUCCUUGACAACAAUUUAAAGAAAAUUAGGAUGGUUAAAUUAUUGUGCUAUAUUUCUUGUGAUAAAUGUGUCUUAAAAAGGCAAAUAAUAAUUAACUACACCUUGGUGUAACAAAAUAUGUUUUAUUCAAUUUAAGAUAUAUUAAAAUAAAACAUCACAAUAAGUGUGAAAAUGAAAUCAUGUUA